AUGGAAGUAGCGACUCGAAUGACCAAGACGGACACGAAGAAAACUUCACCCUUUUUCCAUCACGUCUUUUUCUCACUAAAGAAUUCCCCGCCCAUGGGGUCUAAAUCAUUUAGCACAAAAAAUAUAAGAGGCAGGUUAUUUUAUAAAAGAAGACCCAAGCAAAUACCAAAGCUAAAAAAAAAAAAUUGGAGGUCCAAGUGGUUAGAAGGAGCUCCACAAAAAAGAGGAAUAUGUUUAAAGGUACGAGUACAGACUCCUAAGAAGCCGAAUUCAGGACUUAAAAAAAUUGCUCGAGUAAGAUUAUCCACAGGAAGAGUUGUCUCGGUGUACAUCCCUGGCAUUGGUCAUAACUUGAAUACACAUAACAUUAUACUUGUGCGAGGUGGCAGAUGCAAGGAUAUACCUGGGUGUAAUUAUAAAGCUAUUAGAGGGGUAUAUGAUUUACUGCCUGUUAAAAAUAGGUUUAGGGGAAGGAGUAAGUAUGGGGUGAAGCUGUCUGAAGAAAAAAAAAAACACCUCCUCGAGAGGUACAACUUUAAGCACAUAUACAUUAAGAAGGAUAUCGAGGAGUUUAACAAAUACAAGUGGUUCAAUUACGUAGAUGGGCAGAAGAAUCUCAGGCAGAAGCCCCUCGAGGAUGAGGAGCCCGUGCCCAUUAACAUCUUCCACUUUAACACGUACUACCGCAACCGCAAAUUUCAGCAGUCCCAGGAGCAGUGA